AUGGAAGCAGAAGGGACCGAGGAGCAGGGUAAGCCAAAGAAGGGGCGCGUUGGCAGUGGCCUCCGGCCAGAGCUGCCGGCCGCUGGGACUGGGGCCUCCGCGGCGGAUGUGAGCGCGCAGCCCUACAGGAGCCUCUCUGAUGCAGGAGCGGGGAGACCAAGGCUUUCUCCGCAAGGAGGACAGCGAGGCCACCCGCACUCCCGGCGCCGGCACCGCACCACCUUCAGUCCAGCGCAGCUGGAACAGCUGGAGUCAGCCUUUGGGAGGAACCAGUACCCUGACAUUUGGGCCCGAGAGGGCCUUGCCCGGGACACUGGCCUCAGUGAGGCCCGAAUCCAGGUCUGGUUCCAGAACCGCAGAGCUAAGAAGAGGAAGCAAGAGCGGUCCCUGCUCCAGCCGCUGGCUCAUCUGUCUCCUGCCACCUCCUCUGGUUUCUUGCCCCAGGCCCCUGCUUGCCCCUACUCCUACUCAACACCGUCUGCAGCAGGGACCUGCUUUCCUCACCCCUACAACCAUGCCCUUCCCGCUCAGCCCUCUACAGGUGGUUCUUUCACUCGACCCCACCAGCCUGAAGACUGGUACCCCACCUUGCACCCGAACCCCGCUGGUCAUCUGCCCUGUCCCCCACCCCCACCCGUGCUUCCCCUCAGCCUUGAGCCACCAAAGUCCUGGAACUAA